AUGGCCUCGACGUCGAACCACCGCACGCGUGGUUCCGACGACUUUGGCGUCUUCGACGAUGCCAAAACCUACUAUGCCUCCGAGGAGCGCCACACGAACCGCUUCGGCGCCCGAACCCGGACUUUCUCACAGAACAGCAUCCUGAAGCAAUUUGAGCGAGUCGGGCUGCGAGAACCGUUUCGCCGUGGAAGCCAUGACGAGUCAACCAUCCCCCACGGCCGGCGAUUCCUCAUCCAGGUCGACGCCACGCUCAACAGUCUCCGGGAGCAAGAAGACACAGACAACAACAUGCAGAUCACGAUAGAGGACAAUGGUCCCAAGGUCCUGUCGCUGCGGACCGCCGCAUCUGCCGGCCACAACCGAUUCGACGUCCGAGGCACCUACAUGCUGUCAAACCUGCUGCAGGAAUUGACCCUGGCCAAGGAGUACGGCCGCAAGCAGAUUAUCCUCGACGAGGGCCGGCUAAACGAGAACCCCGUUGACCGUCUGUCGCGCCUGAUUCGGGACCACUUUUGGGAUGGCCUGACGCGCCGCAUCGAUGCGUCGACCAUCGAAAUCGCCGCCCGGGAUCCCAAGGACUGGACCGACGACCCACGGCCCCGCAUCUACGUCCCCGUCGGCGCCCCCGAGCAAUUCGAGUAUUACACGCGCGUGGCCAAGGAGCGCCCGGAAAUCCGCCUCGACGUGCAGCUCCUGCCCGCCAACAUCACCGCCGAGGUGAUUCGGGACAUGAACGACAAGCCCGGCUUGCUGGCCGUGGCCGUGGAGAAGAGUGAGGAUGAGCACCACAACGUCACACUCAAGGGUCUGCCGUUUGUCGUGCCGGGUGGCCGCUUCAACGAACUGUACGGGUGGGACAGCUACAUGGAGUCGCUGGGCCUGCUCGUCAACGACAGGGUCGACUUGGCCAAAGCGAUGGUCUUGAACUUUUGCUUCUGCAUCGAGCACUACGGCAAGAUCCUCAACGCCACGAGAUCGUACUACCUUGGUCGGUCGCAGCCCCCGUUCCUGACCGACAUGGCCCUGCGCGUGUACGAGAAGAUCAAGCACGAGCCCGACUCCAAAGAGUUUUUGCGCCGGGCGAUGCUGGCCGCCAUCAAGGAGUACCACAGCGUGUGGACCAGUGACCCGCGACUUGACCCCGUCACCGGGCUGUCGCGGUACUGCCCGGAAGGCGUGGGUGUACCACCCGAGACGGAGGCGGGCCACUUUGUGCACAUCCUCGAGCCCUACGUCAAGAAGCACAAGAUGGAGUUCAACGAGUUUGUGCGAGCUUACAACCACGGCGAGGUCAAGGAGCCGGCACUCGACGAGUAUUUCAUGCACGACCGGGCGGUUCGCGAGUCGGGACACGACACGUCGUAUCGGUUCGAGGGGGUCUGCGCCAACUUGGCCACGAUUGACCUGAACUCGCUCCUGUUCAAGUACGAGACCGACAUUGCCCGAACGAUUCGUGGUGUGUUUGGCGACAAGCUGGUGGUUCCUGCCGAGUUCUGCGCCGGUACACCGUACCAGGCGGAUGAGGUGCUUUCAUCGGCGGCGUGGGACCGACGCGCCAAGCGGCGCAAGCUGAUGAUGGACAAGCUCAUGUGGGACGAGAAGGAGGGCAUGUUCUUUGACUACGACUUCGUCAAGCAGGAGCGGUGCACGUACGAAACGGCGACGACAUUUUGGGCCAUGUGGGCGGGCAUCGCGUCGCCGAAGCAGGCUGCCGAGAUGGUGAAGAAAGGCUUGCCCAAGUUUGAGGCGUACGGCGGCCUUUUGGCCGGCACGGAAAAGUCGCGCGGCGAGAUCGGGCUGGAGCGGCCGAACCGACAGUGGGACUUCCCGUACGGAUGGGCGCCGCAGCAGAUGCUGGCGUGGACGGGGCUGCUGCGGUACAGCUUCACGGAGGAGGCGGAGCGGCUGGCGUACAAGUGGCUCUUUAUGAUCACCAAGGCGUUUGUCGACUUCAACGGCGUCGUGGUGGAAAAGUACGACGUGACCCGGCCGGUGGACCCACACCGAGUCGACGCCGAGUACGGCAACCAGGGCCUCGACUUCAAGGGCGUCGCCAAAGAGGGAUUCGGCUGGGUCAAUGCCAGUUACGUGUACGGACUGCAGAUUGUCGAUGCGCACAUGCGUCGCGCGCUGGGGACGCUGACGCCAUACCCGACGUUUAUCAAGGCCGUGGAGCAGAACAAGGAGAAGGCGCUGGCAGACUUUGCGCUGCCAUGA